GGCGCCUUUAAGAGGCGGCGGGCGGUGCUGCCCCCUGGCGGCCGGCGCGGCGGCGCUUCCUCCGCCCCGGCGGGGUCCAGGGGGCCUGCCGGCCGGGUCAGCGCGGCAGCGGCAGCGGGACUGCGCGCCCGGAGCCCCGUUCCGCGUCCCCGCCGCCGGGAGGAGGUGCCCGCACGCUCGCGGCGCGCGCCGGGCCGCCAGACUCGGCCUGUGGGCGAUUUCCUCCGGACCCCGGCUCCCCGGCCGAAGAGGAAGAUGCAGACCUUUCUGAAAGGGAAGAGAGUUGGCUACUGGCUGAGCGAGAAGAAAAUCAAGAAGCUGAAUUUCCAGGCCUUCGCCGAGCUGUGCAGGAAGCGAGGGAUAGAAGUCGUGCAGCUGAACCUCAGCCGGCCGAUCGAGGAGCAGGGCCCCCUGGACGUCAUCAUCCACAAGCUGACCGAUGUCAUCCUCGAAGCCGACCAGAACGACAGCCAGUCCCUGGAGCUGGUGCACAGGUUCCAGGAAUACAUCGAUGCCCACCCUGAGACCAUUGUCCUGGACCCCCUUCCUGCCAUCAGAACCCUGCUUGACCGGUCCAAGUCCUACGAGCUCAUCCGGAAGAUCGAGGCCUACAUGAAAGAUGACAGGAUCUGCUCGCCGCCCUUCAUGGAGCUCACGAGCCUGUGCGGAGACGACACCAUGCGGCUCCUGGAGGAGAACGGCCUGGCCUUCCCAUUCAUUUGCAAAACCAGGGUGGCUCAUGGCACCAACUCUCACGAGAUGGCCAUCGUGUUCAACCAGGAGGGCCUGAGCGCCAUCCAGCCACCCUGCGUGGUCCAGAAUUUCAUCAACCACAACGCCGUCCUGUACAAGGUGUUUGUGGUCGGCGAGUCCUACACCGUGGUCCAGAGGCCCUCGCUGAAGAACUUCUCUGCGGGCACGUCAGACCGCGAGUCCAUCUUCUUCAACAGCCACAACGUGUCGAAGCCAGAGUCGUCAUCAGUUCUGACCGCGCUGGACAAGAUCGAGGGCGUGUUCGAGCGGCCGAGCGACGAGGUCAUCCGGGAGCUGUCCCGGGCCCUGCGGCAGGCGCUGGGCGUGUCGCUCUUCGGGAUCGACAUCAUCAUCAACAACCGGACCGGGCAGCACGCCGUCAUCGACAUCAACGCCUUCCCAGGCUACGAGGGCGUGAGCGAGUUCUUCACGGACCUGCUGAACCACAUCGCCAGCGUGCUGCAGGCGCAGAGCGUGGCCACGGGGGACGCGCCCCCGCUGAAGCACCACAGGCUCCUGGCGGAGCAGGCGGGCGGCCUGGCGGCCGAGCGGACGUGCAGCACCAGCCCCGGCUGCUGCAGCAGCGUGAUGGGCCCGGAGCCGCCCUGGACGGCCGAGGCCGACGCGGGCGGCGCCGCCAAGCUGCCUCACCAGAGACUCGGCUGCACCGCCGCCGUGUCGCCCAGCUUCCAGCAGCAUUGCGUGGCCUCGCUGGCCACCAAGGCCUCCUCCCAGUAGCCACGGAGCCCGGGACCCAGAGGGGCAGCGCGGGCUGCGGAGCACAUCCGCUGGGCGAGCGGCUCCCGACGGGGACGCUACGACUAAGAAUUCCCAACCGUCUGAUUCUUCUUCUUCUUUUUUUUUUUUUUUUUUUUAAUUUUUAACCUGAUUUUCUGAUGUGAUCGAAAUGAGGGGUGGGGGUGGGGAUGGAAAAGAACCCCAAGUGGUCCAGCCUCGCGGAGAAGGGACAAUCCCACCUGAUUCCUGCUGUGCAGAUCUCUUCACUGAGUUUACACACGCUGUGUUUUCAACACUAGGUCUGAAUGUGAGGUGGGGCGUGCGUGUGUGUGCGUGUGUGUGGUUGCCGUGCGUGUGUGAGUGCCCGAGCACGUCCGCGUCUGUUCGUCUCCAUGGCUGCUGUGGACCAGGCCUCGGGGACCCGGGAGCAGGCCGUCCCUGGUCAGGGUGGCGGCGGCUGAACAGAGCGAGUGAACAGUUCCCCGUGUCUUCCCUCCAAGCCCCCACGCCCGGGCCCGGCCCCGUUUCCUUCACUGCUGGCCUCAAGCCUCGUCAGGUGUGCAGCUGCCCCUCCAAAAGCACGCGCCAGAGCAGGCGAGAGGCCCCAGCUGCCGUUUCCUUCCACGCAGGGAGCCUGGCCUGUGGUCCACCGGCUGCCCGCUGCCGAAAGCGAAGGAGGCUUCCCUGGGAAGGCCACAGCCUUGGGUUGGCUGCCUCUCUCCAUGUCCAGCUCCCUGGAGUCCACUAGCCCAUCAACACAUGUCCCAUGCGGCCCUGCAAAGGGGCCUCCCUCCCCGACCGCGCGCCCCGGACCCGGCAGGAGGCGCCUGAUGGGAGCCUCUGGGCUGAUCCUGCCUGUGCCGAGGAUUUGUGCUGUGACCUCUGGGCAGAGUUGCUGGGCAGUCACGACCAACGAUCUCAAGGGCAAGCCUGACACCCUAGGCCCUGCGGUGCCGCCUGUUUCUCCGUCAAGUCAGCCCAGAUGAGCCUCCCCUUGGCAUCAAGGCGACUUGGGGCCCUCUUCCCAGGCAGGAGGAGGCUGCCCAUUUUCUCCAUAUCUGCCCAGAAGGCCCAGUCCACCCCUCCUGUGUUCACUGCCAGCCCCAAGCACUAAGCCAGCCAGGUGCGAGGGGGCUGCAGCCCCAGGGGUGAGGAAACACGUUACCCGCUUCUCCCAUUAGAGUCACCGCAGCGCCUGAUGGCAGCAGACAGACCACAGGCUGUUCAGUCCUUUCCUGUGGUCCAGGCGGGCCGGCAGCCCCGUUUGUGGAGAAGGGGACCGGUGAGGAGCUUUGUCAGUCCUCGGACAGUGUGACCACCUGGCGGGAUGCAUAGACCCCUAGCACGCUCUCGUGUCUUCAAACAUCAGUCAUUCAGAAGAAGAGGAACAGGCCUCUGGGCCAUCCUGCGUGGUCCAGGGAGGAUGGACGGAGAGAGGCUGUUGAGCUGGACGCUCGGAGACACCUUUAGGCCUGGUCAGCAGGGACGUGGGGGUCGCUUACCUUUGGGAAAGGAAGGGCUGGGGUGGGGGGCGGCCACCGUCAGAACUGCCCGGCUUUCCUAGAAACCAAGGGUCUGCCGACCACCGUGUUUACACGACUUGAGUGUUGAACCCUGGUUAUAAUGUCUGUACGUCGCCUUUCCUAGCCUAACCCCGAGCCCUGGGGAAGCAGGAAAGCGUGACCGGCCUCUUGCACUGCUUUGUCUCCAAAAUAAACUACUGAAAUCAA